ACAUGGCGGCGCCCCAUUGACGUUGCUGGCGUGACAGAAAAGCAUCGACGCAGAUUUUAGUGAUAAGUUUAUUAGUCGUAUCUGUAUCAGUAGAACAGGUUUUUAACAUAAAGUAUAAUGGCUUUCAGAGUGUGCAGGCGAAUUUUCAGGUGCUCGGCUGUCAUCUCCAGACAGUUUAUCGUACCUGCUAGAAAAGAAUCCGCGCAAUGGCUUCUUACCAAAGGAAACACUAAAUGUUGCUCUGGAAGGAGCAACUCGUUUAGCUUCAAUCCUGCGUGCUCCAUCACAUCAGAUGCGUUUGUGAGCGGUCUGCUGAGAGAGACUGCUGGCGAUGCAGUCAACAGCACUUACCGCCUUCCCGGUUCUGUUCCUCCAGACAGAGGUGAACAAAUGUGUUUACUACUGAGACAUCCAGAUCAGCCUGAACAUGCAAAGGUUUUGAAAGUCGCGAUAAUUGGUGCUCCGAAUGCUGGAAAGUCAACUUUGUCCAACCAGCUUCUUGGCAGAAAGGUGUUUGCUGUCUCCAAAAAAGUACACACUACGCGCAAACGAGCCCUGGGAGUCCUAACAGAGGAGGAUACACAAAUUAUUUUACUGGAUACGCCAGGCCUUACAACCCCGUCAAAAGUCAAAAGACACCAUCUUGAGAAGUCUUUGCUUUUGGAUCCUUGGAGCACAGUAAAAGAGGCUGACCUAAUGGUGAUCGUGGUUGAUGUGUCAGACAGAUGGAUGUGCAGAAGCCUGGACUUCGAGGUGCUUAAAUGCCUGGCACAACACCCUAACAUCCCGGCAAUACUUGUCCUCAAUAAGGUAGACCAGGUAAAAGUGAAGGACAAGCUUCUAAGCAUCACAGCAGAGCUGACAUGCGGGGUCGUGAAUGGUCGCAAACUGCGCAUCCGACCCGUGAUCAAGCCCCCUCGUGAGGAAAAGAGGCCUGAGCGGGAUUGGGAAGAGCCGCACACGAUGGACGAUGCCGGGCCGGAGGACAGUGCUGAUAUCGAUGAUUCUGUGCGAGCCAAAGAACAUAUGAAGGUGCUGAGGAACCAGAAAGGCUGGCCUGGCUUUAAGGAUGUUUUCAUGCUCUCUUCUUUGGAUAAGGAGGAUGUUGAGACACUCAAGAGCUACCUAGUGAGCACAGCCAAGUCUGGAGCGUGGCAGUAUCACAGUGAGGUUCUAACAGAUCAGAAUCCAGAGGAAAUGUGCAUCAACAUUAUCAGAGAGAAGCUCCUGGAGCACCUGCCCCAAGAAGUUCCCUAUGCAGUGACACAGUUUAUUGAGCUUUGGGACGUGGAUGAAAACGGACCGAUUAACAUCUUGGUGAAAAUUCAAACCUCAAAGGAAACUCACAUGAGGCUGGUGAUUGGCACAGCAGGCGAAAUGAUCGCACGUAUCGCCAAAGAGACGAGCGAUCAGCUCACACGCCUCUUCCUGAGACAAGUUAACCUUAAACUCUCGGUCAAGAUGAAAAGGAAAUGAAGAGAUUCACCUGACACGAAAUAUUUCUCUUCACGGUGGCAAAAAUAGAUGGACAGAUAUGCCAUAUAUCUUUCUAAAGGACAGGAGUUUGCUUCCACAGUUUUCGCUCUUUGUGAACCUGCUUCAAAUUCAUUCAACAAGGAACCAGUAAUGGUUUUUUUUUGCUCUUAAACCUGCAAAAUACAUCCACUUAUUUAUUGCCGAUAGGCUCAUUGCGGUAGAUGGUGAGCUGGAGUCGAUCCAUAUAGUAUCUGUACCAGUCACUGUCGUUUUCCGUCUGAGACGUGGACAAAGCCUGCUUUGCUAACCCUGUGUCCAUCAGAGUUUGUUUAACCAGUGUGUGGCGAGUAGGCGGGACAAUCUGAGAUACAUGUAUUUGAUUGGCUAAAAAAGUACUGGCAUUUAAAAAUGUCUGACAAUAGGGGUGUCCCAUCUUAGGCAUACCAAACUUCGAUUCCAUUACGAUUCGGGGUGCUACGAUUCGAUUAUUGAACGAUGAUCAUGGUAUUGACGAUGAUCAUGAUUAUCGAUGCAUCAUACAUUACUAAUUAAUAGUGUUGCACCGAUACCAUUUUUUGGCCCCGAUACCGAUACUUGGCUGUGCAGUAUCGGCCAAUACCGAUACCACCCCGAUUAUAUACAUAUAUAUAUAUAUAUAUAUAUAUAUAUAUUUUUUUUUUUCCCCAAAGAGCUACAUAAUUGGAUGUGAAAUCAUUGCUAUCAAGGCUUUGUCAGGCUGUUGCUUACCUUUGCAAAAUAGGAAAAAGACUAGUACAAAGUAUAAUACUAGCCCAACAGUAAGAAAGUAAAAAAAAGUUCAUAAUAAUAAACUCUGAAUGAACUGAGUAAACUUUUUUUAAACCUCUCAAAGGCCAAACAGUGCAACUUUCAUGAAAUUAUUGUCACAUUCUGCUGCUGGUUAGAUUGUGUUUUGUUGCUGGGCUGUUAGUGGGGGCGUUCCUGACGUCACACCUGAAUCCAAUGCGGGCUCAUCAACGCAGCAUUUAAGCACGGGUGAGCUCAGAGAAGGCUGCCUAGAUAUUUGCUUUGCUGAUCGCCAUUUGACAUCUCGCACUAUAGUCUCGCUACAUUUGCUUGUUACGCCCCUGCAUUGGGUUUUUUCUGUUAGUGUGCUGCACUCGUUUGUAACCUCUACCCUGUGCAGGUAUUUGAGUGUUUUUAUUUUGGCUUUUUGGCUCGCUGCCUAUCGUCUUAGUUGACCUUCGAGUGGUAGUAUUGAGCUCCGUCGACCUGCUGUCACGGACUCCUUUUGUUAUUUCUACUAUCCUGCGAUCGGUGUUAUUUUUUGUUUGCAAUCAUUAAACCGUUGUACUUAUCCCCCACUUGUUGACCGUGUCGAGGUCCAACCUUGUUUCCGCAUUUGCGGACGCUAACAAUUAUAAGUAAUAAUAAUUGACCACAGCAUCCCGUCUCUCUAUUAGCCUCCUUUUUUCGGGAGGGGGGGGGGGUCCCUUAUUUCUAUUUCUGAAAGGUGGCAACCCUACUUUGGAAACAGUUCCCAAAUUAUUGCAGCAUUUCUUUCAGUAAAAGACAAUAAAAGUAAAGUAGACGUAGUGAACUGACCAGAGAUUGUUGCACCUGUCCAGCGUCCUUCCUCUGGAUAGCAGUCCUGCUCUUGCAGGCUCAAACUCGUUGUGUUCGUUCACGUUUCGUCUUCACAUGUUUUAUCAGGUUCGAGGUAUUGAAACUGGCCGAUUUAACUCCACAUCUCGAAACUUUCAGGCCGCAAAUCUUGCACGCAGCCAUUGAUUUUAAUUGAGGGGAUUUCUAUUUUGAAAUAUUUCCCGACCGCCGCCAUGUCCCCAUGUCGGCCAUGUCUGCCAUGUCAUUGGUCAGAAGUGGCUAUUGGCCCGUUCUCAUUGGUCUGGAGCAGGCCAAUAGCGAUAGCUGUUUGGUGUUCACGUGUCAUCACACAACACAGAGACAAAGUGUAGUGAGCGCCAGGAGAAAAACAAAGGCUGCGGUCAAAUGUUUAUAAUAAUGGACCGGUAAAUGGUAUCGGCGCCGUCUUUGUUGGUACUCGCCGAUACCACCAUUUUGGGCCGGAUCGGCGCCCCCUGCCGAUACUAGUAUCGGUAUCGGUGCAUCUUUACUAAUUAAUAAAGUGGCCAAACUAGUUUAUGUCCAUUAUUCAUUUAAAAUAUCCUAAUGAUUCAACAGGAACGAUGGAAACAUGCCCAUAUAACAAAAAGCUGUUGUUAAGCUGUUUUUUUUUUUUUUUUUUUUUUUACAAAAAAGUACAAAAACAUUAACCAUUUGAAAGGCAGUACUUGUUUCUCAACUUGCCUAUACAACACACAGCUGACCUUAAGAUGCUCUGUCUCACAAGAAACUGCAAAAACAUUAGCUGUUUCAAAGGCAGUACUUAUCUCUCUCAACAAUACAAUAAAAUUUACACUGGUGGAAUGAAUUCCACAUUUUCUGGAAACAAAGUGUCUUUAAUAAAAAUAAGAAUAUACUUUGUUUUCACAGAUUUCUUUACUAUUUCACAUGUUUGUCGUGUUACCGCUGUACUUAAUCCUGGUUUCAAACAUUCUGCAUCUGCAAUAACUUUGUACACCACCAAACAAAGCUAAAUUGACAUGUUAGCGAAGUCGUUAAUUAGCAUAGCGAUCGGCGCUAACUGGUAACAUCUCAAAAACGACAACAGUAAAAGCUAAACAGUACAAAAGGGUUCGUGCACUCACCUCUGAUAGACUGACACGGGACUUGGCAAAACACUACGGACUUUUUCCAAUUAACACGACUUGAACCUACUGCUGUACAACUGAAAGACAAGGAGCAACGAACUAUCUCUCUUCCCCUCUCGCUCUAAAAAAUAACUUGCGCACAAAAGAGGACCCAAAUUGUAACCGCCGGGUCCCUGCCUGUCUCGUACACAAAUUUAUUUUUGAACUUCUUUCUGAACUUUUGAACAGGAGUAAAUCUCUCGCUCAGUAACGUCAGCUGCAUCCAUCAUAACGUUUUCCGUUCGUUAAAGGUGUCUGGGCGGCAGACGUGUCUUGAAUUUCGUUCCGCUACUAGCGGCUGUCAUAGUUAUUAGGGAAAAUCAUUGUUUUUCAACAGUUGAAUUGAAUUGUAAUCAAAUAGUCACGUGUCGAAUCUCGAUGCAUCUAAUAAUCGAUUGUUUUGGCACACUGCUAUCUGACAACAGCUAGGUUGACUUCCGGGAAAUACAGUAAUUCCUCGCUACUUUGCGCCCUCAGUCCAUAGCAGAUUUUAUCUUCCAAUUAAAAAAUGAAUAAUUAAAUGCAGUAUUUUAUAGAGCUGUCCUGAUCCUAUAAUGUAGUCUCUCACUCUCGCUCCUGCCUCUUUUCUUUGUCAGGCAGAGCUUGCCAGAGAUGAUUACUUCAAAGCGCUGCAUGUGUCAAUCAUCGUUUAACUUGUUAAACAGUUGCUCUGGGAACUCAUUAUAUGUAAGUGAGCAGCAUGAGCGGAUUUGAGUGGACUCACUCAAUGAAGCAUUUAAUAAAGACAAGCAUUUUUCUACUUUAUUCUUCUUUAAAAAUGAUUCAGUGGGACCGUAACAUGUGUAAAACAUGAUUAUUACAUUUUAAGUGGUUUAAAAUAAUUUAUUUAAAUAUAAUAGAAUUUUCAGACUAUAAGCCGCAGGAUUCAAAAUGAGUGAAAAAAGUCGCGGCUUAUAGUCGUAAAAUUAUGGAGUGUAUAUAUUUUAAUAAAGGAUUUUUAAGCACUUCAAAUGUAAUAGUUAUGUUUUACACAUGCUACGCUCCCACUGAUUUAUUUUAAACAAGAAGAAAGUAGAAAAUUUCUUGUCUUUAGUGCGGCUUAUUUGUUGAUUUAUUUGAGUUAAUACGUAACACAUGCCUCCUAGCAUGCAUUCCAACACUACAGAUGUAAAUAACAAUCAAAACUGAUGUUCUUUGCUAAUUAUUUAUUCAGUUGCUGUCCCAGUUGUUUCAUUAAUGGCUAGUUAUGGUAUUUAGUAACACUUUAUUUGACAGCGGCGACAUAAGACUGACAUUAUCAUGGGCAUUACUGAAUGCUUAUGACUGAUGAUAUUAAGCGUCAUCCGGCAAAUUAUGUUACUAUGUCCAGCUCUGAUCUUUUAAAUCCAUUCGAAAGUGGAUAAUCUCUUGUUUUAUGGCGCCACUGUCAGUGAGUGUCACCAAAUACCAUAACUACCAAUUAAUGAAACAACCGGAACAUUAACUGAAUAAUGAAUUCGCACAUAACAUGAAUUUUGAUUGUCAUUUACAUCUGAAGCGCUGCAAUGCAUGCCAGGAGGCAUGUUGGACAACAAAAGUGUAUGCAGCAGGUGGCAGCAGAGGUUGACUGUCUCCCCCAAGGGAGCAGUGAGGCCAAAUGGAGCUUAUUGAAGCAAUGAAGCUUUGCAGCCAAUUGAUUCAAAGCUUCAUGGUGGUUCUUUUGGUCUUAUUAGUCGUAUGAUGCCGCUGUCAAAUCAAGUGUUACCGGUUAAUAUCUUUUGAUGUAAAUAUCCCAUACCACAGUGAGGACAGCUGCAGCUAAUAGUCUGGUGCGGCUUAUCUUUGUGUCACAUUUGGUGAGUGGCGGCUUAUAGUCAGGUGCGCCUUAUAGUGCGAAAAGUUUUUUGUUUUUUUUUAAUUUGUGGAAAAAAAGUGGGGGGAAAAAAACAUGUAUUAUAGGUAUCUCUUUCCAAUGAUAAAUCUGGAUAAAUACAUGGAGCACAAAUUUUUUUUUCACUUAUCGCGGCGGGUUCUGAUCCCCAUUAACUGCGAAAAACGAGUGAUAUGCUUUUAUUUACAUUUUUAAAAUGAACUACUACUAUUAACUAUUACACAUCGGAAAAAUUCCAUCUUUCUACACUUUUUUAAACAAGAUUCUUUUUGCUGCAAUGCAGAUUAUGGGUGUGACAAAAUAUCGAAAUGGUGAUAUAUCGUGAUACUUUGUAUCUCAAAAGGUUAUCAAAUGUAUCUCAAAAGGUUAAGAAUCGAGAUAUCGUUUAAAAAAAGGUGUCAAUGUCUAAAAAAAUAAAAUAAAAAUGAACCAAAAAGUUGCUACCAAAAACUUCCACCAUAAUAGUGUCUCAGUUAACUCAAAGGUUGCAUUGACGGUGCUCGACACCCAAUCCAUUUAGACUGGAGUGGCAACGUUCGUUCAUUCGAAACCAGAGCCUUCACAGUCAUUCUGUACAGUUUUCAGGUCAUUUACACGUCCUUGCUGUUCAUUUUAGGGCAUUUACAGGUCAUUUCCUGUUGGGUUUAAGUCACUGCCUAUUCAUUUGGGUGAUUCCCAGGUCAUUUCCUGUUCUGUAACUCAAACAAGAAGAGAGCCCUAAAAUAACCCAAAAAUAAAAGGAAGUAACUGAAAAUCAACAGGUAAAUGGCCCAAAAUUACCUCAUUGGCUGCCACCGACCGCCAUAGACAUUCAAUCCGUUUGAAGUGGGAGGGAUGGCAGCGAAUGAACGAAUGUUCAUUCGCUGCCACCCUCCCAGUUAAAAUGGAUUGGACGUCUGCUAUUGAUGAACUCAUUCCAAUUCACAGCAGAAGCUUGUUUUCUGUUUAUUAGUUGUUUGUAGACUAUCCUAGAAUGACUUCCUGACCAAUGUAUCGAUAAUCGUUGUAUCGCCAUAUCGUCAGCUCAUCGUUAUCAUGAGCUUUGUAUCGCAAAUCAUAUCGAGUCGUGAGGUACUAAGAGUUUCCCACUCCUAAUGCCGAUGAUCAAGGUCCUGUCUGUCUUUAUCUCAGUGUCAAACAUCUUGGAGUAUUGCCAAAACUCCCAAAAGAGAGAAUAAACUCCAUUCUUUCAGCAUGAUAAAAAGGUUUGCUGCUACUUUUUUUUUUUUUAAGCACUGGAACAUAUAUUGUUUUCACCAGUAUGCACCAACAAGAUGAAAAAAUAGUCAAUGUCAGGCUAUAAGUUCAAUGAAUGCCCUAAAAAGGGUUAAAUUAUAGCUGGUUUAUAUAUGCAUUUUCAAAAUAUCUUUACAAAUAUGUGAUUUGGAAAAUGAACCACAGUAAAUGUUUACUGAAUAAUAAACUAUCCUCUACUUUCAACUGUUGGCUUUUGACAGUAGCUUGAUAUCAUGUUCACAGCAGAGCGGGUUUGGCUACCUGAUGGUUUAUCAGGGGCUGUCAGGAGGUUUUACUCGACACAUCUAUUGAACACGCAACAUCGUGCGCUGUUACUAAAGCAGUUGAAAAGGAAAACUAUAAACGCAGCACCUACCUUUUCUAUGCUAGGGAUUAAUAUACAACAGUCAACCCCAAAAUUAUUAUUUUAUAUUAUUGAUUAACUUCAUUUGUUACAUGUUAUUUUUAGCGUUCACAAUUUGGGAAGAAGCUCAGUGUAAUUAACACCACAAUAACAAAAAAUGUGUUGCAUUGACACUUGUUCUUACUUAAUUGUGAAGUGCUAAAUCCAAGUCCGACCUGAGUUUUCUGUCUGUAAAUGUAUUGUUUUUUUUUUUUUUUUUUUGCAAAUUAAGACUUUUAUUGUUGGUACAAUGUAAAAUGUUUGCAAAACAGUAUCUUAAGAAACGUGGCUGUGUAGCCGGCACUUGAAAAGUAGCCCAAAAGUCACUGCAGCCCUCCCAAUGUAAAUGUUAAAUGACUUUCUGAAAACACAUUUGCUUGAAGAACUUUAUUGCACUUGCAUAAAAAAAACAACAACAAAUGAUGAUCACAGCUACAGUUUUCCUUAUUCUGCUGGUCUGGUUGAUAAUGAGCGAAAGCCAUGGAACCCUUACCAUUACUAAAACUCAGUAAUGGUAACGGUUUGACGGCCACCCUCUCUCUCUUCUCUUUCUCCGAAGUGUCCCAAUGCGAUGAGGGAAUCACCCCCUGGAUAGUACAUCAUCUAUACUGUAGUGUCUCUUCAUUAAACUUACAGUAUAAGAUGAUAUCCUGUCCAGGGCACAAGCUUCUUAUGUGACAAAUUUCUCAAAUAUUUUGGAUGUAUUCAUGUGUAUACUCACUCAUUUUCGCUGGCACCAUCUCCCCGCUUGUGUCCAAGCCCCCCGUUGGAUCCCCCCUAUUAGAAGGCGACCCAAGCUCAUUAGCAUACUACGAAGGCAUGAGGGUUGGACUUCUUUAUGUAGUCUUAUCUUGUCCCCAUCUGCUUGCCUCUAUCCACACCCUGUGUUCAUGUGCAUUCCCCCCCCAAAAUGAACAGAUGAUCAGAAUGACCAUUUUAUGUUUGAUUGUGACACAUGGGUGCAAUUUAGAAGAAGAAAAAUCUGUUGACAUUAGAUUUUAACACUGAUUAAAAUUAGCAUACUGAUUUCAAAAUUACAGCCCGUUUUUUUGUUGAUAGCACCUGAUGGUUACUUAACCAUUUCCUUUGGAAAAACAUUGCAGUCAUUCCUGUUUCUUUCAUGUUAUUAUUAUUUCAUUGCAUGUUAGUACUUGAUUUUUUUGUUUGAACAAAACAAGCAUAUAGUAGA